UCAUAUUUGGGAGCUUCUCCAUCACAGGGGCUUUUCUAGCUUCAUUAGCUAUCUUUUUUUUCUUUCCUCUGUCAGUUUGCUCACUAGACUGGGGCCUCUAAGAAGCACUGUCAUUUACAGGCUGGGUUCCCAGUGACUGGCUGGGUCACGAGGGGAGAGCUGCUGAGGCCAGGAGGAGGAUGUGGAAGGCUGGGUCAGCCAGUGCAGGCGUCAUUCCCAACAGGGUCCUGGGAGAAGGGGCUCAGCAUUUCCUGAAGGGAAAUGACUCCCAUAAAUAGAGGGAUGGGAAAAGGAUUCAUCCAUCCUUUUCCUCCUAUCAACUCAGCACUUCUUCUGGUGUUCAGAUUAUGCAGCCUGUUGUAAAUGUUUUUCAUUCAAGUGUGUCUCUGCCUGUGUGUGUGUGUGGCUGACGGAGAUGCUUUCUGGUGUAUUGGAGAUGCUUUCUGGUGUAUUGGAGAUCCAAAAUAAGAGCUGAAGACAACACACGUGCCUUCUAUUUGUUCGUUUACCCACAGUAACCUCUCAUUGGUCUGUUCCAAUAUAAGGCCAGAGUUUUUUCAGUGGAGUUUUGUUGGGAAGGAAGGAAACUGUACACCUUCUGAUGUACACCAUGUCCUGUUUAAUUUCAUCCAAGGGUUCAGCAAAUCUUUCUGUACUGAUGUUUAUAAUCUGCUGUUCAGGUCCUUAGAAAGUUUAGGUCUCAUGACAUCAGCCUUACUAAGACUUCAGAUGUUCCCCGCACCUCCUGUGUCGUAAAGAGUCUCCUCAGGGAAGGGAAGGGGCUUCUUGAUCCUCAGCAUUGUAAUGGGAAUGAUCGGAGCACACCCAGCCUCCUGUUCCAGGCUGGAAGCAAACCUAACGAGGGCUUUAGUUUCCUUGGUAGCUCAAGUUUGCUCAGAUUCAGCUAUGUGGAUGCAGAUUCAGGUUUAAAACUCACACGCAAUAGCUUUCCUUUUUCACUUUGGGAAAGUAGUUGAGCAUAGCAGUUGAACACGAAUUGAACGUGACUCUGUGUGUUAGUGGGGAUUUUUUUGGUUGCUUAAGCAAACAAGGGUGUAAAGGUAUCUUGUGGAACCUGCGGGCAGGAGUGUAGCCCAGCCUCAAGAGUGGAUUGGAUCCAGGGAGUACAAAGCCAUCUUUCCACUGGCAUCAUUCUUCUCCCCCACAGCCCAGCACCCUCUAUUCCUUAGUCCACAGGGCGGAAAAUGUCUGCCUCACAAGGCCGUGUUUCCUUGUUCCGGCCACACAGAUUGACGCAACUCCCUAGGAUGGAAUCUGAUUGGCCUGACUUGAGUUACACCUCCUCUAGAGCCAAUCAGCUGUGGCUGGGGGUGGGAUCAUAGUUCAAACAUGGCUGCCCAUGGAUAAGCGAAGAGGCUGUUUGCAGAAAAAGGGGCCCCUUUGUGAGGCGACUUGGAGCUCCUCUCGGUGCUGACAUGAUGACAGUGUGCAGGCGGGCCAAGGGCAGCCACAGCCAGCCUGAAAACCUGUGCUACAAAUUGGCUGACAAGGUCAAGGUGGAAGGCCCAAAGGCUGGGGAAGACCCUCGAAGGCAGCCACUUAGGUCCUCCAUCCCUUUCCUAGAGACUAAUCAGGCUUCAGCCUUCGGAAGAAGCCCGCUGGAAAGCCUCAAUAACCUGAUGCUAGAGUCAAGAGUGGACUGUAUUCAGCAGAACAUGUUCAGCUCAGAUAUGACCAUCAGCGACCCAGCUUCAGAUGUCAGUGCUAAAGAAGCCAGCAGGGCUGGCAAGAGGCAGCUCACGGGCGUUCAGAACCCCUGCCCUCCUGGCCGAGGCGGGGCCCGGCACAAGUCCCUCAGCAUAAAGGACAAGAUAUCAGAAUGGGAAGGGAAAAAGGAGUUGCCCACUACUGCAGCUGGCAGGAAAGCAGAUGAGCAAGAGGAUUACCUGACGUCCUGUGUGAUGGAGAGGAGAAGUAGUGAUGGUGUGAGGACUCUGGUCACAGAGGCUCAGAAUGGAACGAGGCUGGAAACAGAGAGCAAAGAGGAUGAGAGGAAUAAAGGAGUAGUGAGAGUCGAGGGACAGGAUGCAGAGCGGAGGCAAGACCUAAGCCAGCCAGCCAGGGAGCCAGCUCCCAGCUUGGGCAAAGGCCGAGAGCGGAGGCUUGGCCAACAGCGCUUUCAGAAUGAUAGCCUCUCUGUGCUGAAGCAGGUCAAGAAACUUGAGCAGGCUCUGAAGGAUGGGUCGGCAGGGCUGGAUCCCCAGUUACCAGGGACUUGUUAUUCCCCACACUGCCUACCGGACAAGGCUGAGGAGGGGCCCACCCUUCCUGAGAACCGUGGAGGCAGGAGUGGCUCAGAAUUCAGGCCACACCGCUUCGACCUGGAAGCCAAGGAGCCUGCCCCUGAGGCUGGGGAGGAAAGGAAAGGCUCAUGUGGGAGGCCCUGCAACCAGAGCCUGGAGAGUGUGUACAAGGGCUCGGAGGACUCCACCACAAAACCCUUCAUCAACCCCCUGCCCAAACCCCGGAGAACGUUCAAACAUGAUGGAGAAGGGGACAAGAAUGGGAACCCAGGCAGCAGCUUCAGAAAAGAUAAAAGGAACCUGCCUCCUCUACCCUCUCUACCUCCCCCGCCUCUGCCCUCCUCUCCCCCACCUUCCACCGUGAACAGAAGACUGUGGAACGGGAGACCGAAACCCAGUGCUGACCACAGAAAGUCCUAUGAGUUUGAAGACUUACUGCAGUCUUCCUCUGAGAACAGCAGGGUGGACUGGUAUGCACAGACCAAGUUGGGGCUCACACGCACUUUAUCGGAGGAGAACGUCUAUGAAGACAUUCUGGAUCCCCCAGUGAAGGAAAACCCUUAUGAGGAUGUUGAAUUACAUGGUCGCUGCCUGGGGAAGAAGUGUGUCUUGAACUUUCCAGGUUCUCCCACCUCUUCCAUCCCUGACACGCCCACCAAGCAGUCAUUGUCCAAACCUGCUUUUUUCCGGCAAAAUUCAGAGAGGAGGAACUUCAAACUGCUGGACACUAGGAAGCUGAGUCGGGAUGGAACUGGGUCCCCUUACAAAAUCAGCCCCCCGUCCACUCCCAGCAGCCCUGAUGACACUUUCUUCAACCUUGGAGAUCCACAGAAUGGCAGGAAGAAGAGAAAGAUACCCAAGCUUGUAUUGCGAAUCAAUGCCGUUUAUGAGGCACGGAGAGGAAAGAAGCGGGUGAAGAGGCUGUCCCAGUCAACAGAGAGCAACUCAGGAAAAGUGACAGAUGAGAACAGUGAAUCUGACAGUGACACCGAGGAGAAGCUGAAAGCUCAUAGCCAACGCCUGGUCAAUGUGAAGUCACGCCUGAAGCAGGCUCCAAGAUACCCGUCACUAGACCGGGAGCUCAUCGAGUACCAGGAGAGGCAGCUCUUCGAGUACUUUGUGGUCGUGUCAUUGCACAAGAAGCAGGCCGGGGCUGCGUAUGUGCCAGAACUCACCCAGCAGUUCCCUCUGAAGUUGGAAAGGUCUUUCAAGUUCAUGAGAGAGGCUGAGGACCAGCUGAAGGCUAUCCCCCAGUUCUGUUUCCCCGAUGCCAAGGAUUGGACUCCUGUCCAGCAGUUUACCAGUGAAACAUUCUCAUUUGUCUUAACUGGAGAAGACGGGAGCAGAAGGUUCGGUUACUGCCGAAGACUGCUGCCUGGUGGCAAAGGAAAGCGUCUCCCUGAAGUUUACUGCAUUGUGAGCCGCCUGGGAUGUUUCAGCCUCUUUUCCAAGAUCUUGGAUGAGGUGGAAAAACGACGAGGCAUCUCUCCUGCCCUGGUGCAGCCCCUCAUGAGGAGUGUUAUGGAAGCCCCUUUCCCAGCCCUGGGCAAAACCAUCAUUGUCAAGAACUUCUUGCCAGGAUCAGGAACUGAGGUCAUUGAACUGUGCCGCCCACUGGACUCCCGGCUCGAACACGUGGACUUCGAGUCUCUUUUCUCCUCUCUCAGCGUGCGCCACCUCCUCUGUGUUUUUGCCUCCCUGCUUCUGGAAAGGAGGGUCAUCUUCAUUGCAGACAAGCUCAGCACACUGUCCAAGUGCUGCCACGCAAUGGUGGCAGUCAUCUACCCCUUCACCUGGCAGCACACCUACAUCCCCGUGCUCCCGCCCGCCAUGAUUGACAUCGUGUGCUCGCCAACCCCUUUCCUCAUCGGGCUGCUCACCAGCUCACUGCCGCUGCUCAGGGAGCUGCCACUGGAAGAGGUCCUUGUGGUCGACCUCGUCAACAGUCGGUUCCUCAGACAGAUGGAUGAUGAGGAUUCCAUUCUGCCCCGGAAGCUUCAGGUAGCCCUGGAACACAUUCUGGAACAGAGGAAUGACCUGGCUAGUGACCAGGAUGAAGGGCUCCCGGACUACAAGCAUGGCCCCAAGUCCAGCCCCUUGAACGAGGUGGUGUCUGAAGCCUUCGUCCGCUUCUUCGUGGAGAUCGUGGGCCACUACUCCCUGUUCCUGACGGCAGGCGAGCGCGAGGAGAGGACCCUGCAGCGAGAGGCCUUCCGCAAAGCUGUCUCUUCCAAGAGCCUCCGUCGGUUCCUGGAGGUUUUCAUGGAGACCCAGAUGUUUCGAGGCUUCAUCCAGGAGCGAGAGCUGCGCCGGCAGGAUGUCAAAGGUCUAUUUGAGGUCCGAGCCCAAGAGUACCUGGAAACACUCCCCAGCGGAGAACACAGUGGUGUCAACAAGUUCCUCAAGGGACUAGGCAAUAAAAUGAAGUUUCUCCACAAGAAAUAACCCUCAGCUCAGCCUCAAGGAAAACUUCCUCCUAAUGCAACCGCAUGUCUUAAAAACAGUCCUGGUGGCCUUUCUGAAACGUUGGGUCCUUGGUUGUCCCAGGUGCUGGGAUGAAGGGCAAGAUGGUUUCCGACCACCACUGGGCCCUCCCAGGACCCAGGGCCCCAGAGCUGCCCAGAAGGUGCCGCUUCUUCAGAACAGCACUGGAAAGGGGACCAAGACCAGGCAUGUCACUGACACCCAAAUGGAUUGUUUUGAUUGUUGGUUUUUGAAUUUUCAAUUUUUUUAACCUUAGAUAUUAAAAAAAAGAAAAGUAUUUGGGUUUUCUUUUUAUUAUGACAGAGAUAAGAACACUCUCUCCUGCCCUAUGUCAUCUUUCUCUGGUUCAUCCUGCCUGGCAGUUGGGCUCUGGAUCCAAGAGGAGCUGGGGAGAUGGGAAGAAGUGGCAACCAGGGACUUAGAACUGUGGCACUGCCCUGGGCAGAACUGGGCACAAAUGCGGCGGGUGUGAGGGGAGGAGGGUAUGGCGGCUCCUGCAGACACUCGUGCCCACAGGUUUCUGGGCGUGAGUCCUCUUGGGGAAAGGAUUGGCCCAGACGUGGAGUGAAGUCAGAUCUGGGCUGAAAGGAAGAACAGGAACAUUAGAAGGAUUUGACUUCCUGGGAUGAGCUGUGCUUCCAGACUGGCCAGUGAUGCCACCUGGUGGCCAAGGCCAUUUGUUGUCCUGCCACAGACUCCUCUCUCCCAAAUGGACCUGACUCUUCUGGGCUGCCUCUUUUCUCUUAGAAGCCAUAGAACCAUCCACUGCCCAAGCAGUCCGUGACUUUUAGAGGUACGCACAAAAAGAGGAAAUCUCCUUGUAAGAUUUGUUCAUAAAAUAUUCUUGGGGUCCUAAAGUUUAUGAUGAUGCCCCGAGCCCACCUUGAAACAUGUAAGCCACUGCUUUGACCCCAUUCCCAUUUAUACCAUCUGAAAUAUUCCAUCUCAUUGUAGGGACCUAGAGCUGCAUAAAUGAACUAGUACACAUGCCGAUUAAACGGAGGGGCUUUAGUUGUUGAUGUUAACAAGAGGGAGCAUCAAGAGAGGACAGCUUCCUUCAUUCGACUUGUGCAGACAGCAAGGUGGCUCACCUCCUCUGGGCCGGAAGCAGGGGGUGCAGGAGAAGGCUGCACUCUGAGCGCUGUCCUGCAAGGGGCGCAGUGGGAGGAGGAAGAGAAUGGUGGGCAGCACAGGCGAGUUCUCGGAGCAAGCCUCGGGCCACCACGGCGGCCGAACCGCUGCCUCAUGUUCACUGGUCCCUCCGGAUGGCACCAGCAACCCCGACCAAAACACACUAAAGGAUGUGCUCUGACCUUGGCAAUGGCCCAGCAGUUAUGCCUUCUGGAAGCAGUUCUCAACCUUUAAGGGGGUUGGGAGCAAGGGGAUCUUCUGAGGAAAAAGCAGAAAAUGAAGAAGAGGUUGACCUUUUUAAUUGGAGUCAUGGACCCCCCAUCCCACUUCCCGCCAAAUUGUGUCCAAGAUUUGGGGAGAGGAUCUAUCGUUUACAUCAGAUUCUCAAAGGGGUCCGAGACCCUCCAAAAUAGUAAGAACCAGACUGUGCCUAAAAAUUAACCUGGGUAGGUGUUUGUGUUUGGGGAUUGGGAAUGAAGACUGAAUGAAAAUCUCUGAGUGUCAGGACUCAGGAAUUUGUACCCAAUAAGCUCCUCAGAUUAGUUGACUUUACUAGUACCAGUAUUCUGCAUAUUUUUAUAUUGCCCAGAGAUGGUCACUUUUAAUAUUUUGGAAUGUACUUUCUCUUCUAACUUAUUUCAUAUUGUUAACACCUCCAAGUGAAUAAAUGUGCAUCUUUAUCAAUA